GAGGAAGUCUGGUUGUUACAGUAGCACCAAUCAUAACAAAGGGCGUGGCUUCGUGCCCCGUGGAUGUUACGUCAAAAUAAAAUGGCGUCGCACUUCAGCGGUGUACUGCAACUCACAGACCUGGAUGAUUUUAUCACUCCGUCUCAGGAAUGUGUAAAGCCUGUAAAAGUGGAAAAGAAACUGGGAAGAUCUGUAGCUAAAAUUCAGAUCGAAGAUGAUGGCAGUUAUUUUCAAGUCCAUCAGGAUGGUCAAAAACAAAAGCUGGAGAAAGCGAAGAUUACUCUAAAUGACUGUCUCGCAUGCAGCGGCUGUAUUACAUCUGCAGAAAGUGUGCUUAUCACCCAACAGAGCCAUGAGGAACUGUAUCGUGUGCUUAACCAUAAUAAGCAGCAGGCUAGCGCUAGUGAGAAGAAAGUGCUGGUGGUGUCUGUAUCUCCACAGUCGAGAGCAUCACUGGCUGCACACUACGGUCUCAGCAGCGGUGAAGUGGCCCGAAGACUCACCAGCUUCCUGAAAAACCUGGGUGUCCAUCACGUCUUUGACACUGGCUUCAGUCGCUCUUUCAGUCUUUUAGAAAGCCAGAGAGAGUUUCUGGAGCGAUUCAGACGAAAGGAUGUAGACAAGAAAGCCCUACCGAUGCUGGUGUCUGCCUGUCCAGGCUGGAUUUGCUAUGCCGAGAAGACUCACGGUGAAUUCAUCCUUCCUUACAUCAGCACGACCCGCUCGCCUCAGCAGAUGAUGGGGUCUUUAGUCAAGAGCUACUUUGCCACACAGAAGGGUGUUUCACCACAGAAUAUCUAUCAUGUGACUGUGAUGCCCUGCUAUGAUAAGAAGUUAGAGGCUUCCAGACCAGAUUUCUACCUCGGCGAGUAUGAAACCAGAGAGGUGGAUUGUGUCAUCACUUCAGGUGAAGUUUUAAAGAUGUUGGAAGAGGAGAAUGUGUCUUUGAGGGAUGUGGAGCCGGCUGCCGUAGACACAAUGUUCAGUAAUGUAUGUGGAGAGGAGAUGUUAGGUCACGCAGGAAGUGGAUCUGGAGGUUAUUUACAUCAUGUCUUCAAACAUGCUGCCAAACAACUCUUUGGGAUCAAAGUAGAUGAACUCGCAUACAAGACUAUGAAAAACAAAGACUUCCAGGAAGUGACUUUGGAGAAGGACGGCGAUGUGCUGCUGCGGUUCGCUACUGUCUACGGCUUCAGAAACAUUCAGAACCUGGUGCAGAAGCUGAAGAGAGGAAAGUCACCUUACCACUUUGUAGAAGUGAUGGCAUGUCCAUCAGGAUGCCUGAAUGGAGGAGGGCAGCUUAAACCUUCAGCAGAUCAGUCCAAUAAGGAGCUGCUUCAACUGGUAGAGGAGCUGUACCACAUGGAGAGAACCUCGGCACCUGAGGAGGACAAGCAGGUGGCUGAACUUUACCACAGCUGGUUAGAGAGUGUGGGAGAGGAGAAAGCCAAACAGUUACUUCACACACAAUACCACGCCAUAGAAAAAAACACAAGUAGUCUCAGUAUAAAGUGGUGAGGCGGCGAGAUCAGCCAUCAACAUCAUCUUGUUUUGUCUCUUUGCCUUCGGUUUCAAUAUCAUACACCUUUUCAAAUGUGUAAAGUUAGUAUUUAAAGAAAUACUCCACUUUCAUAAAAAAAAUCCCCCCAUGUCAUCCAAUAUGUACGGAGCCCCUAAAGGGACAUGGAGCAAAAAUUAAAUAAAGUUUAGUUUCAUGUGCUCACGCGAAACCUUCAUGUGCAGAAUAUUUUUUUAUUUAUUUUAGUUUUGCGUGCUCAUGUGAAGCUAUUGCGCGAGCAUGUGAAACUAUCACGUGCUCACCUGAAACUAUCGUGCGCGCACGUGAAAGCGAAAGUUUCACGCGAGCAUGCGAAACUAAACAAAAAAAAAAUUUUGCACAUGAAGGUUUCACGUGAGCACAUGAAGGUUUCACGUGAGCACAUGAAACUAAACUUUAGGAUUUUUUUACUCCAAUGUCACCUUAAGGGGCUCGGUAUAUAUGUUUUUGUUUCUUUGAGAAGAAAUUAAGUUUUUUGAGGAAAACAUUUCAGGAUUUUUCUCAUUUUAAUAGACUUUAUUGGACAUCAACAGUUUACCGUUUCAAAGCAACUUCAAAGGGCUCUAAACGAUCCCAACCAAGGGAUAUAAGGGUCUUAUCUCUCGAAAUGAUUGUAAUUUUCGCAAAAAAAUUAAAAAUAUGUACUUUUAAACCACAACUACUCAUCUUGCACUAGCCGUGUGACGUGCCAGCGCGGCCUUUUGUAUUAUGCAAUCACGUUAAUAGGUCACGGGUUACAUAUGUGAAACGCACAUUUGCGGACCAUUUUAAACAAUAAACUGACACAAAUACAUUAAUUAGUAUCAUUCCACACACAACAACCAGCAUGGCGCAUCAUAAGGCUAGUGCAAGACGAGAAGUUAUGAUUAAAAAGUUUUUUUUUUUUUUUGCAAAAAUCCUGCUCGUUACACUAGAUAAGACACUUAUGCCUCGGUUGGGAACGGUUAGAGCCCACUAAGUACACUUUAUUUAGAAAAAAACUGUAACAUUUUCCUCAAUUUUUAAUUUCUUCUCGACUAAACAAAAAAAAAUACAUAAACAUCUUGGAUGACAUGCGGGAGUAAAUUAUCAGAUUUUUUUUAUUAUUAUUAUAAAAAUAAAUUUAUUUAAACUUGAAUUUUGACACUACAUCAAACAAUCAUAUUCAUUUACAAAUUGAACUGAAUAUUAUUCAAUAUACUACUGAAAAUAUCUCGUUGAGACAAAUGAAAGACGCUAUUGUCGUUUACAGCCAUGGGCUUUCAUAAGACCCAUAGUUUCUGUAUCAUUUUCUUCAGUUCUGGUUGUGAAUAUUUUUAUGAUAAAUAGGGUGCACUGAAAUGAUUGUAUCACAAUAAAUACUUUAAACAUUUAUUUAGAAAUAUAUUUUGCAUUAUGAUAAUCAAUCAUGUUGCCUUGUCUAUAUAAUCAUUCAGUGUACAUAUUUAUUGAGGAAGUAAGCUAAAGUAAUAUUUUACACAUUUUUUGUGGGGUUAUUUAUUUCAUUUGUUGUUAGUAUAGGCCUUUUAGAUUUAUGCAAAUUAAUAAAGUUGAAUAAAUGAGUAAUACUAUUGUAAAUGUUUACUCCCUUUUCCUAUUUAAAAUGCAAAUUUAAGAAACUACUAUAAAAGUACUUUUAUACCCAUUA